GCAAAAAAGAAUAUAGAGAAGGAGAUCAACAAUUUAUCGAAAACAUACACAUGAGAACGUGUGAAAAGGAAACAGAAAUUAAAAAGUCUUUCUAUUUUUAUUUAUAUUUAUUAAAAUAUAUAAUUCAUAGUAAUUGAUCAAUAGAUUCAUAUUGCAGCGUGAAAUAUGUCGAAUAAAUUCGAGGCUACUUGCAGGUUAAAGGCUAAUGAAGACAAUGGAGAUGAUGAAACACAGUCAAAAGAUAAUCAAAAAACUGAGAAAGAUUCACUACCUCCUAUAGAAAUUAAUCCAAAUGAGCACAAAUUACAAUAUGCAUAUGCAUUAUGGUAUAGUCGACGCAGUCCUGGUAAACAACCAAGUAUACAAAGUUACGACCAAAAUUUAAAAUUGGUUGGUAGGUUUGCAAGUGUGGAGCAGUUUUGGAGUCUUUACAGUCAUUUAGUCCGGCCAUCAGAAUUAACAACAUCUACAGAUUUUCAUCUUUUCAAAGUUGGCAUAAAACCAAUGUGGGAAGAUGAGGCAAAUCAAAAAGGUGGUAAAUGGAUAGUACGAUUAAGAAAAGGUUUAGUUUCUAGAUGUUGGGAAAAUCUUAUAUUAGCUAUGUUAGGAGAACAAUUUAUGGUUGGAGAAGAGAUAUGUGGAGCUGUUGUAUCUAUAAGGUUUCAAGUAAGAUAAUUUUUAUUAUUUCUCUCUCUCUCUCUAUAUAUA